CGGAGAAGAUAACAGUCGUCCCCAUAGAGACAGGCUCCGACAACAGGACUACCGGGACACCGUUAGACAGCCUCCGAGGCGAUGACAGCCUCGGUAUGAAACACAAGGCUUGUGGAUACUAACAAUUCAACCGAAAACUUCCUUUUAGGUUCGCGUUUGUCUUCUUUUUUAUCGGAUUAACGGAGCAUCAAGAAGACGGAGCCGUUUAUCCCGACGAGGCCGGAGAUUUGUGUCGCUGAGGCGGGGAGGAGUCCGUGUGUUGUUCCACCGUCAGGCCUCGACAUGUCGGCGUUUUAACAACACCCCCCAUCUCGGCUUGUGGGUUGAGGAGCAAAUGCACUUUUAAAGAGGAUGGAUGUGGAGGUGAGUGCUGGCAGGGACAGCACCUGGAGGAGGGCAGCAGCAGCAGGAGGAGGAGGAGGAGGAGGAGGAGAUGAUGCCGGAGGCGGAGGAGGAGGAGGCAUCGAGGCUCAGGUCGUACCACUGGAGCUGUACGACUCUGCAAGAGCCAAAAUAGACGCAAAUCUCCGCUGGCUGUUUGCCAAAGCUUACGAUCACAUCCCCGCAGACCUGCGGGACCCCUUCUACACAGACCAGUAUGAGCAGGAACACAUCAAGCCCCUCAUUAUUCGCCUGCUGCUGUCUGGAGAGCUCUACUGCCGGGUGUGUGGGCUCAUCCUGCCCGCCGAGCAGGCUGCCUCACUCCAAAGCCACCAGUCUGUCAUCCAGGCCCUGUCCAGGAAAGGCAUCUACGUCCUGCAGGCAGACAAUUCGCCUGUCUCGGAUCUGGACCUCAGCUCGGCUCCCAUCAAGAUGAGCUCCCACAUCCACCUCAUUGACGCCCUGAUGAUGGCUUACAUCGUGGAGAUGAUCAGCAUAGAGAAAGUGGUGUCCAGUGUCAAGCGCUUCGCCAACUUCAGUGCCUCCAAGGAGCUGCCUUUCGACCUGGAAGACGCGAUGGUCUUUUGGAUCAACAAGGUGAACGUAAAGAUGAGGGAGAUCGUGGAAAAAGAGCUGAAAAUUAAGCAACAACUGCUGGAGUCACCCAGUCACCAGAAGUCUCCCUCCAAAUGGUACUGGAAGCUUGUACCUGUGCGUUACCGCAGAGAUCACCUGUCGGGUCGGGUGCUUCAGCACUUCCCUUUGCUGGACGACCUGGUGAAGGAUGUGUGCGACGGCACGGCUCUGCUGGCUGUGAUCCACUUCUAUUGCCCAGAACUCAUUAGACUGGACGAUAUCUGUCUGAAGGAGGUCCCCUCCAUAGCAGACAGCGUGUACAACAUCCAGCUACUACAUGAGUUUUCUAACGAAUACCUGAACAAGUGCUUCUAUCUGAAGCCCGAAGACAUGUUGUAUUCUCCACCGGUACUAAAGAAUAAUAUGAUGGUCUUCAUCGCUGAGCUCUUCUGGUGGUUUGAGACGGUGAAGCCAGAGUUUGUGCAGCCCAGGGACCUUCAGGAAAUCAGAGAUGUGAGAUUACUGCUGCAGCCGAAGAGUUCACGACCCCAUGCUCCCAUCUCCGGCGUCACCAAACGUAGUUUCCUGACAUCAUCGAACUCCGCUGACACCUUGACCACACCCACGAGCCCUGACCUCAGCACUAAACCACGUCCAUUAAGCCCAUCUCACUCUUUGCUGCCCCUGAGACAGAGACAUCAGAAAGUGGCUGACGAGAGCACUUCAGAGCUCAGAAACAGGUCCAGCACUAUGACACGUACAGAUGGACAGCAUCAGGGCUCAAUACUGGCCUGGCCAGAGAGGAGGCAGAGGCCUUUAUCCCAGCCGGUGCCCUACGCCCUGCAUGGUCUCCUGGAGGAUGAUGCAGACAGCAUCAGCCUCGCUCGCUCCAUCAGCAAAGACAGCUUGGCCUCCAACAUAACGAGCAUCACCCCCAAACACAUGCUGGGGCCAGGCCCCCCGCUGGCUCAGCACAGACUCAGUGGUCAAAGCCUGCUCAGUCACAUGCGCAUCGAGGACGAGGAGGAGGAAAUAGAAGAGGAGGAGCUGGUUGCGGUCAUCCAUCCUUCUGCUUUUUCUCGUCAUCGACUCGGGAGUGACAUGGAGCAGGAUGAGCUGGAAAUCCAGAGUGCAGCCCCCACCUCGAGGGUUUCUAAUACCCGUUGCUCUCCCCGCCUUGACAUGGGUCCCUUUAGUCCCGAUCACCAGGCAGACGGCUACUUUCUUGAACCUCUGAUGCCUGCAAUCCCUAAGCCAGCCAAAGAGAAGAGCAUCAGCUUGAACAAGGAGGAGGAGAGUGGCGAGAGUCGUUUUAGAGGAGCAGCAGCUGCUAGGAAAGCAUCCGCCAAUGUCCCAAACACCUCGCAGAGGAAAGCCCCUGUGGUUGAGUCAAACAGAAGCACCUUUAUGCCCAUACCUGUCGCAGAAUCAGCCCCGAGCUCUCUCAGGCCACCCACAGAGGGGUCAAUAGGCGUCUCUCAGUCUGGGAAGAAACAACCACAUGGGUUUUUCCUCCAUUUGUCAGGAGAGCCAGAGCGCCAAAGUGCUUACUCCACUUUGCUGGAGGUAGGGCAUGACUCCGACUCAGACAUUGCAGACCUCGAGGAAGACGAGGAGGACGACGAUCAGAUGGAGCUGACUAAAGAGGUGGCGAAGAGAGGAAAGGGGAAUUACUCAGAGGAGGGAGAGCUUUGUGAAUGUGGAGAGGGAGAGGGCGAGUCAGCCAAACUGGGAGAAGACUUGAAGGUUAGUGAGCGGGACGAUAAGGAAGACUGCAGUGGACGCUCCAGCCCUUGCCUCAGCACCGUAUCCUGGGCGAGCAGCUGCAGCGCAUCAGGCAGCACCAGUGUUAAGAUGACCAGCUUUGCAGAGAGAAAGCUGCUUAAACUUGGCCUCCGUGAUGGAUUCUCGAGUACCAGCAGCUCUCAGAAGACCACGCCAGAUGGCUCUGAGGUUGCCCCCUGCCCUCCCUGGCAACUGAGGAGUGACAGCACCCCCAGCUGGGUAGGGAAAGAGCCUAUUUCUGUGUUAGGGAAAAAUAUGGUGGUCAGUCCAUCAGUCGUGCCUUCAGAGCUGCUGCAACUUCACAUGCAGCUAGAAGAGCAAAGACGCGCUAUUGAGUAUCAGAAGAAGAAGAUGGAGACCCUCUCAGCACGGCAGCGACUAAAGCUAGGCAAAGCUGCUUUCUUGAACAUUGUAAAGAAGGGUGGAGGGAAGAGUGACACACUUCCUCUGCCCCUGAAACACUCUGAAUCCGCAGAACUAGCUAAAAGGAGUAGAGUGAAGACCCAGUCCUGCAAGGAUGACUCCUGUCUCGAUGCUCUGAAGGGCCAGGCGACGGCAGGUCAAACAGAAGGAGGCCAGGCAAAAAGACAGAACAGGUUGAACUCCCAGUCCCAGGAUAACGUGGCUGAACCCGAUUUGAACGAGUGCUCCCACUCCAUAGACCUGCUCAACGAAGCCAUUAGUUCCAUUCAGCACCAGAUGAUGCAGCUCUCUCUACAGCAAGACCUGCUGAUGAAGCGUGUGGUGUCACCGCCAGAACGUGUCGAAUCAAGCCCGAGCACAACCCCCAUCAAAACACAAUCACCGUCCUCUACCUCAGACUCCAGGUCCUUUGCAGUUCACUUUGUAGACAUCGGCGGUGGCAUCUCUGCUCCUGCUCGACGUCCUCCAAAGCUUAGCUCCAGCCAACGCAGCAAAGCCUCGGAGCAGAAACAGAGCAGAGACAACAGCAAGACGGUUUCCAUCAAGUCCCCCAGAGAAAACCCUUGUGGAGACCAGAAGAUAGAGAGUAUUGUUGAGAGCUCCAAGGUCGAGAGAAACAUUCAGAGAAACACCACCUUCAGAGUUCAUGAUGAUGGCAAUCAACACAGCAGCGGAGAGGAAACUGGGUGCCUCUUGGACAAAACACAACCACAGGACCUACAAGGCAUGUCCAGUACAUCGACGUCUCCUUCACAGGCUGCAGAAGAAGAGGAGAACAAUGUUGCCAACUCAGGGAAAGAGGCCACGGGCGCUGAUGAGAAUACCAGGGUCAAGGGUCAGCUGAUUGAGGUCGCACUGGAGGAUGGAAGCGCAGAUGUUAUAGUAGAGAGCGAGCAGAAGAAUGUGAUAGGCUUCUUCUUUAAGGAUGACGAGAAAGCAGAGGACGAAAUGGCAAAGCGUCGCGCCGCCUUCCUCCUCAAACAGCAACGCAAAGCCGAAGAGAGCAGACUACGCAAACAGCAGCAAGAAGCCGAGAGCGAGCUCAAACGCGACGAAGCCAGGCGCAAGGCAGAGGAGGAUCGUGUCCGUAAGGAGGAGGAGAAGGCGCGGCGAGAGCUUAUUAAGCAGGAAUACCUGCGGAGGAAGCAGCAAGCGUUGAUGGAGGAGCAGGGUCUGGUCAAGCCUCGCCCACGGACUAAAUCCCGCAGGAGCAGGCCUAAAUCACUACACCGCGAAGAGUCAAACAGCCUCUCCAAAGCAUCCGCCACACGUAAUUCUCUGAAGGUGUCCAUGUUGAUCAAAGCGAAGGGCUCAGCAGCAGCUGAACUGAGCUGCAGUCAUCGAGGAUCGACGCUCUCUUUGGCGACCGAGGCGGACAGCGUCAUCUCUGGAGGGGCAGAGUCACAGAGGGCUGGAUCUGUGUGCUCUAUGGAGUCCUUCCCCAUGCUGAGCAGAGCGUCCAGCAGGAACUUUGAGAGGGACUGGGAGAACGGAUCUAUAGCCUCUUCCAUCACUUCCAUGGAGUACAACGGUCCUAAACUCUUCAAGGAGCCGAGCUCCAAGUCCAACAAGCCAAUCAUCAUCAAUGCCAUCGCUCACUGCUGUCUGGCUGGAAGGGUUAAUGAGAGCCAGAAGAAUGCUGUCCUGGAGGAGCUGGAAAAGUGCGAGUCCAAUCACCUGAUCAUCCUCUUCCGCGACGGCGGGUGCCAAUUCCGCGCCAUUUACUCAUACUCGCCGGACACGGAAGAGAUCGUCAAGUUCACGGGCACAGGGCCGCGCACCAUCACCCGGAAGAUGAUCGACAAGCUCUACAAAUACAGCUCGGACCGCAAGCAGUUCACCGUCAUCCCUGCCAAGUCUGUGUCGGUCAGCGUGGACGCCCUGACCAUCCACAAUCAACUCUGGCAGGUCAAGAGACCGGGGAGUGCGCGGAGGAAGUGAGACGGAGAAAACACCCGUUACAGUUUGUGUUCUACUGUUGGGCCGGACCCAAUAAUCUCUGAGAUGAUUGACAUGUGAUCAUGUGACAGGACGGAUUAGGUGUUCUUAUUAACGGAGAUGUCAGUCUGAGGCAGAGCGAGAUUACGAAACACCUGCCAGCUGAAUGCUCUAACGUUAUUUUUUUGGUUUUCUUUGGUCUCGUUAGCUUUUUACCCUGCAUGUCACACUCUUACGUUUUGAUUUGUGGGUACGUCCGACAUGAUUAAGGCGCUGAUUUUCAUGUAGCAGUGACGAGAUUGGACCUUGGAGAAUACCACUGAAUUUACUCGCAGUAAGUAGCAAGCACACUACUGAUACGAAGAGCGACUACUGACGGGGCAUCAGUGAACACAAGACGAUGUCUUGUGGAGUUAAAGCUACUUCAGCUUGGCAAAAAAAAUAACCUACUGCUGUGAUUAAUCCAGGCUCCACGUACAGAGCCCCUAUUAUUCACCAGUAACUACUACUGGUCAGUGCUUUUAUGAGGAGGGAGCUUUGAACAAACUUUUUUAUGUAAGUAUGGAAUGGAUGUUAGUGAGUGGUAACGUCCAGUCUUGUUUUCUAUCUAGUGUGUUUGGGGAAGCGUGUGAGUCGUCGUGUCAGGGGUGGGGAGAGCUGAAUGCUUGUGCGUCCUGCUCUGAAUGUGUUUUCUCACUCUCUUGAUUAUGCUUUAAAACGUUUGUCAUGCAACAGAACAAUGGAGCAAAGCAAACUUUUUAUUUUUAAUUUUUUUGUUUUGGGGAGCCGUGCUGCUGCUGCUACAGUGGAAGAGAAUUCAUGUUUUUACAGUGGGGGGAAAUUAUACUAGUAUUUAUCCCAAACAGGAAGCGCUUUUGAGACUCUUGAGUGCAUUAUUACCUUUUCAGUAGUGCAUUAUAUUGUAUUAACUUCAUACUAAUAUUCCACCACGUACACGAGCCAUCCGAGAUCCCUCGCAGGCUCAUAUCGCUGUACCAAAAUGAACCGAGCUAUGCCACCGAGCUGUUCUGCUGCUCAUUAUCUGCUCGCAGGAUUCUGGGGAGAUGUACGAUUUUAAUGUAGCUUCUGGCACUAAACACUAGUAAUUUCACUGUAAUGACCGACUGUCAGCAGCUGGUAUAAUGUGGGGGAGGGGAAACUGCACAAUACUUGAUAUUUGUUUGCUGCAUUUUGUACAUUUUUGAGUAGUAUUUUUUGUACGUUACGUACAAGUUAUGUUUACUAAAAAAAAAAAGCAGGCACUAUUUUGAAGUUUAUUCUUUAUGUUACAGGCUUUCGGAGAUGUUAUGAGUCUUAUUUCAUUGCGUUACACUGUAUGUUUAUUUAUUUUGAAGAGAUAUAAUAAAAUGCAACUAGGUAUGUUUUCUGAUGAAA